UGGGCCAUGGCGGCGGCCGCGCUGUGCCUCGGCCGGGCCCCGCCGCCGCGGCCGCUCGUGGUGAUCCUCGGCGCUACCGGCACCGGGAAGUCGGCGCUGGCGCUGCAGCUGGGGCUGCGCCUCGGCGGGGAGAUCGUCAGCGCCGACUCCAUGCAGGUGUACAAGGGCUUGGACAUCAUCACAAACAAGGUUUCCCCGCAGGAGCAGCGUCUGUGCAGGCACCACAUGAUCAGCUUUGUGGAUCCCCUCGUCUCCAACUACACAGUGGUAGAUUUCAGAGACAAAGCUGUGCCUCUCAUUGAAGAUAUCUUUGCCCGAGACAAGAUCCCGAUUGUUGUGGGAGGAACCAACUACUACAUCGAGUCCUUGCUGUGGAAGGUCCUCAUCAACACCAAGGAGAGGGCCAGCACAGCCCCGGAGCUGGUCAGGGACAGGAAGGUGGAGCUGGAGCAGCUGGAUGGUGGUGAGCUCUAUCGACGCCUGAGCAGGGUGGACCCCGAGAUGGCAGCCAAGCUGCACCCCAACGACAAGCGCAAAGUAGCCAGGAGCCUCCAAGUGUUUGAAGAGACGGGGAUCCCCCAUAGUGAAAUCUUGCAGCAGCAGCAGGAGGAGGAAGGUGGGGGGCCCUUAGGUGGGCCCCUGAAAUACCCACAUUCCUGCAUCUUGUGGCUCCAUGCAGACCAGGCAGCUCUGGACCGGCGGCUGGAGAAGCGGGUGGAUGACAUGCUGGCUGCGGGGCUGCUGGAGGAGCUGCGCGACUUCCACCGCCGCUACAACCAACAGAAGGUGGCUGAGAACCGGCAGGAUUACCAGCACGGCAUCUUCCAGUCCAUUGGCUUCAAGGAGUUCCAUGAGUACCUCAUUAGUGAAGGGAGCUGCUCACCAGAGACCAGUGCCCUGCUGCUGCAAAAAGGGAUCCAGGCCCUGAAGCAGGUGACCAAGAGAUACGCCCGGAGGCAGAACAAAUGGGUCCGAAACCGCUUCCUGAAACGUCCUGGGCCCAAUGUGCCCCCAGUGUAUGCCUUGGAGGUGUCUGAUCUCUUGCAGUGGGAAGAGAAUGUGCUGAAACCUGCUCUGGAGAUUGUGGAGAGCUUUAUCCAGGGCCGGGAGCCCCCGGCAGAGCCCGUGAAGAUGGAGCACGAUGUCAAUGAGAACAAGCGGAGUCACCGCGUGUGUGAGCUCUGUGACAGGCUCAUCAUUGGGGACAGAGAGUGGGCAGCUCACACACGCUCCAAAUCCCACCUGCACCAUCUGAAGAGGAGAAGGAAGCUGGAGGCCGCCGGCUGCGCUGCGGAGGCUGAGGGGGACAGUGCGGGUGCAGCGACCUCGGAUGAGGACAGCAGCCAGCCUUCACCGUAGGGCCCCAUCCUGCCUCUGAAGGGGAGGAGGUGACUUGGUCCUGAGUGGCCUUGGACUGGGCAAGCCGAGUCGGUUUUCUGGGGCUGAGGCAGGUGAUGGCCAAAGGCCUCAUCGGAUCCUCUUCAUGUGGCAUCACGGUGCUGUGUUCCCAUGUUUCCUCAACCCUGCCUGGAAAGGGCUGGGCCCUGGGGCAAGGCUGCUGGAGCAUCCUCCUGUGCCAAGUGUUCAUUCCUGCCAGAGACACAGCAUUAUCCUUGGUAUGGUAGAGCUGCCAUGUGAAUGUGUCCUGCUUGGAGACAGGAAUACCCUGCCCUCCUCCAGCUUGGCCAGGGGCGCAGCUCCAGAGCUGAGCGAGCUCUUGCUGCCUUUAUUGUGGAGAGGAAUAUUUUCUUCUUAUAUAUGGAAAUAAAGUUGCACAGGAUGAUCGUAGGCUCCUUUCCCCAUUGCCAAGCACACUUUUCUCAUGCUCUGUUUCCACCUGGCCCAGGUUCCCUGCUCAGGGCAUGGGGUGGGAUGGUCAGGCCUGGUCCCUUCUUCCAGCCACCUUUCCUUCAGCUUCCAAGGGAGCUGAGCAGAUGUUCCCGGCUUGUGGAGGCCAUCUGAUCCCAAUGCACGGAGCAGGUGCAGAAGGAGCUGGCACCUGUUAAACAGGAACUUGGAAGUGAUCUCAUCCCGUUUGCAGCAGAUGAGUCUGUCCCAGUUAGAGCUGAAUUCCCGGGGGUUUACGCUGUGGUUUGGCAAUGGGAACCAGCCCUGCCUUUGAAUGCGAGUUGCUGAGCAGCGGAUUCUUUGUGCUGCAUUCUGCAGGCAGUUGGUCUCCACAGCACCGUUCCCAUCAGGUGGAACUGGGAGGGCCUUGAUGGGCGUUUGGGACUCUCCUGGCAAAUGCAGUCAAGACGGUUGGUUCCUCCUGGCAGGGUUUUGAGUGGUAGAACACACAGUUUUCCUUCAGCUGCUUGUGAUGCACCAUGAGGCAAGAGCCAUCUCACAGGGCUGCAUGGGUGCAGGCUCUGGAGGUGCUGCUCCAGUGGGAUCAUGUUAACCUUCCAGUCUGUGCUCUUCAACACUGGGGUGAUUUCUGUAACUGCUUGGGGCAGCAGCUUUGGGCUGUUUGAGAGGGACGUGGGGAGGAUGCAGGGAAGAGCUGGGAAUUCACGUUGGCUUUUCUCUGCCAGCACUGGGGCAGAGCUGGGCGUCAGCCUUCCGAGAUGCCAGGCACCACGUUUGUGUUGCUGGGUCUGUGCAGCAGCAGCUGAACCUCUUCUCCAGCCCAGACUUGUUUGCCAUCCACAAUGACUCAGUGUACGUGGAUAUGGGCUCAGCCCAGCGCUGGAGCACAGGGCCAAGGGGUUCUGCUGGCUCAGAUGGACGAGGUGAGGCCGGGUGUAAAGCCCCAUUCCCUGCCUGUGUGCUGGGUGUGGAUGGGUUCAGUCAUGUCCCCAGGCCAAGCUGGGAUCCUUGGGCAGCUCUGUGAAUGAGGGGUGGGAUUAUCUGCUGUCUCCUGGGUGCAGGCAGAUGACUACACUGUUAGAAACAGAUUUAGUGUCCUUAAUCUAAUAUGAACUUUGUUAUCCCCACUGAUAAAUGUGAUUCCUCUAGCACAA